GUUUCAGAACAAGCAGGACGAUUUAUCGAUGCAUCUAAAAUUAAAAGCUGACCCCUACAUACUGCUGGUAUACUUACACACUGUUGUGUGCAAUCCAGAUCUUAGUUAUUGUUAUGGUCGGCAACACAUAUGGGCGCCGGAACAGGAAAAGAGGACUCGACCAAGAGUCCCAACAGGGGAACAAAACAGCUUAGACUAGCUAGGCCUUAAUGGGCCAAUAGAUUAGGCCUUAUUAGUAUAGGAUUAGAUUGAGAUAGGGAUAUAAAUAAGAUUUUGGAGAAUAAAGCUAAGCAGGAUCAACACAGACGUUGGUCUACUGCCCCAGCCAACGAUUAACCACAAGUAUAAUCUAUGCAGUAGAAGACACCAAUCUGGUAUCAGAAAUGCCGAGAUCCGACGACACGUCCAGCGAGAUCGCAUCCGCUAAUGCUGCCACAACCACCAAUUCAACCCUGGAACAGAAGAUCGACAACAUGACCAAAGUGAUCGCCGAUCUCGCCACCAAGGUGUUGAACCUGUCGCUGCACGUCAUAGAGAUCGAAGACCGCACUGUUCAUAUCGUUUCCCCCAUCUCCAACCCAUUGGGGUGUCCCUGUGGCCUUCCAGGCUAUGGCGGAAUUUUGGAGCUCCCAGCGACAUCCGCAAGCGCCACCAUUUGCCUUCGCCGCACCGCCACUGUCCACGGCUCCACCUCCAUCCAAGUCGCUGCCAAUCCACCAAAUCUCCAUGCCACACUCACCAUCACCACUGCCGUCUUCCCCCCCCCACAUGCAGCCGCAACAACCGUCACAUUAUCGAGUCUAUACCUCCCCACAUACUGAUGGCCUUGGUGUUUCACGCUACCACAAUCUAGAAUUUCCAACCUUUGAUGGCAAGGAAGAUCCCCUCGGAUGGUUGAAUCGCUACGAGCAGUUCUUUUGGGGCCAACGCACGCCGGAGGAUGGCAAGGUGUGGCUUGCCUUUUACCACCUCAUGGGAGUUGCACAUACAUGGUACUUCAUGGUGGAGCGCGACCACACCACCUUGACAUGGUCCCAAUUCAAGGAGCUCUGCAAUGACCGCUUCGGACCACCGCUCCACAAUAAUGCAUUCGGCGAGUGUUAGGGCGAAGGCGAAACCAGACCUCGAUCGACAACUUUGUAAACUCUCUUCGGCCACAACUAACCUUGACCGAAUGCAAGACCAGACUAAGGUGAAGGCUAAUGUGGCGGCUGAAGGCGAAGGCAACGACGAGGUCCCCUCAGUCGUAGAAAGAGCGAAGGCCAACACGGGGGCUGAAGACGAGGGCCCGCGUCCUAUGAAGGGCUGAUCAAGGAAGCGAAGGCCCCUCUCAGCGAGGGCUGCGGGAAAACCUCCUCCUGACGAAGGCCCCAACGACUUCGCCUCAAUCACCAAGAACGGGUUCGCAAUAGUGAUACCUGUGGCCUGGAAGGAGACCCACGCCGCUCCCGGGUGGCCCCACUUGUCAGUGGUUGCUGAGGGUAGAGAAAUUGGUGUAACUAGGGCUAUGUGCGUACAACUCUGUAAUUACCCCGUUGUACAACAUAUUCAGGGAAUGUAGCAGGUAAAAGGGGGCAUGGACGUAUUUAGGUCACCUACCCUCGGCUACCCUAUAAAUACCCCCUUGCACUGUAGCUAGACAAGAUACGCUUAACAAGACAUACGUGCUCCCUGCCUACUGUUUUAUUGAGCCACCCGUUUGCCAUCUGUCACACUGCUCCCAAGUGCUUGGGCCCACUGCUCUCAGUCCCAACAUUUGGCGCCCACCGUGCUUGCUUCGAAGACCAACCUGCGAUGGCUCCUAAGAAAGUAACCACCAGGGCCAACUCCUCCUCGGACUAGGCCAUGAAGGCAACCCUCGCUUCCAAUAAAGGCAAAGUCACCUUCGCCGACAACAUCCUACCCCUCACAGCUGAGAACACCAACGGGUCUGAGGCAGAAAACAACAAACACCCUUGAACUGAAGACCCGCCUACCUUGGAGGGCAGCAUUCACACCUACAGCUCCGAGAGCAUACCUGAAAACCCUCCCAACAUGCAUUACCUCAACAUUCAUCACAUGGUGGAUAACAUUCCAUAAUUUAUCUCUAAUGUUACUCUUGUCCCCACUCUUGGAAAGGAUAGUGAGUCUAGCAAUCUUGUUGAUCACUGCUGGAUGGUGCCUGACUCCUGAGGUUUCUCCAAACCUCCUGGCAAUCUCCAACCUUGCAGGCUCAUAGUAUUGCACAUAAUUCUCAAAGUUUUCUUUAGUAUAAAGAUCAAUACCAGCCGAGACCAAGUCAUACUCCAAACUGUUUGCAGCAACAAACUCAACAAAGGUUGCAUCAAACCUCUUAAACCCUGUCAUACAGAUAAUUGUCUUCUCCUCAAUGUCAAAUCUCUGUAGUGGCAAGGAACUGUCUGACCGCCAUCCCAUUGUAGGCAGUCUUCUGUCCCAUAAACUCAUAUAGCCAUCAUGCCUUGAAUUUGGAAAUUAAACCCUCCAUCACCAUCUCAUUCUGAAUAUACUCCCAAUCAAUCACCUAGUACUUGUGGAAGUAGGUAUCCAUCAAAGUUCCCUAGAAACAUCGAAUUGCAGCUGAGUAUGAAAGAAUGGGAUGUUAGUGUCACUGAGCAGGGAGUAUUGAUUUACUGUCCUUUUGGAAGAGUACUCUGCCAUCGAAAAUCUUCUCUUGGGAAAGGUCCAUCCUGUGACACCAACAUUAAAAUCUGGGUGCCUCUGUGGAGCAUCUUCUUUAUCCAGAGACACAUUUCCCCCUACUGAAGACUGAGACUCAAUAUCUGCAGCAGGAUCAUAGUCCAUGUCAGCAUUGGCCCUGUGGAGCUUUGAAGCACUAAUUACGAAGCGCCCUACCAUCUUCGUCGGAGAUUUUUAAGACCACCGUAACGCACAAAGAAUAUAUCCAAUAAAUAUUAUAGUGAAAACAACAUAUUGCAUGGAAUGAAGAUGUUUUGAACUGACGCUGGCGAACGGUCCGCGCUAGGGGGCCGGACAGUCCGCACUACUGAAGCCGAACAGUCCGCGCGCCUGCAGAGGCGACUUUGAAGUCUAAAAUCGCCUAAUUCAAACUUUCUUUGGUCUGUACCAAUUUAACCAACAAAACUAUCUCAAAUUUUAGCAGCAUGAUCAUAGAGAGUAGCACAAUCAAUUCCCCUAACAAAUUUGAUGAAUCCACUGCCCGGUUUCAGGUCAGAGAGAAAACCCUAGAGCAUCCUAAACUCGAGUAAACUGAUAAAAUUUCAAUGAAAUUUGAAAUAUUGAGAGGAAGACAUCUUGCGCUGAGUGCCAAACUUCUUCCUAGAUAGUCCACAGAAGAAUCCAAGUCUUCGCCCGCUCACAAUCGACAAAAGAGACUUAGGUGCUUUGGUGUGAGAGAGAAUGGUUACAAGUUGAAAAUGACCUUUGCUCUGUCUCUGGUCGACUUAUCUACCUGUCGCGGAAGGUCCGCGGGACACACCUGGACGGUCCACGACCUGAUAUCUUGGACUGUCCAGGACCUGGUGGUUCGGAUGGUCCACGGUCAGGGACCGGACGGUCCGGGACCUAGCAGACAGUUUCUCAAUCUCUACCUUUUUUUUGAAUCAGAAAUUUAAAUAGGGUUCUUUGCUCAAAUAUGGACAUUUUGACUGAUCCAAGGGUUAGUAUGCAUGCAUAAACACAUAUUAAACUAAAAUAUACAAGAUUUUGACAUGAAAGCACUAAGAUCAUAUUAGAAAAAAAAUUCUUGAAAAAUAGGCAAUAAAAUGACUUAAGCUACAUUUGAGAAAUCAAUCACAUUCAUCUCGCUUCUUAUUUGCAAAACCUUGAUUCAUCCAAAGGUUUUGUGAAUAUGUUCGCUGAUUGAUCAUCGAAUCCAAUAGAACAUAUGAGAUAUCCCUUUUACCAACAUGAUGCCUUAAGAAAUGAUGCCUUAUAUCAAUAUGCUUUGUUCUUGAGUGUUGAACUGGAUUUGUAGCCAACUUCACGACACUCUCAUUGUCACAAAUAAGUGGCACAUUUUUGAAAGAAAUCCCAUAGUACAAUAAAGUUUGCUUCAUCCACAAUAGUUGAGCGCAACAAUUAUCGGUCGAUCCGUCGAUAUAUACUCUGCAUCGGCAGUAGAGAGAGCGACCGAGUUUUGCCUCUUAAAUGACCAUUAGACUAGAGACCUUCCAAGAAAUUGACAACAACCGGAGGUGCUCUUUGUAUCAACCUUGCAUCCCACAUAGUCGGAAUCCGAAUAUCCAAUUAAUUCAAAUUGAGUACCCUUGAAUACCAUAAACCAACAUUGGAUAUAUGUUUCAAAUAUCUUAGAAUUCUCUUUCCGGCUUUCAAAUGAGCUUCUCUAUGCGAAGCUUGAAAUCGAGUACACAUGCAAACACUAAACAUGAUAUCGGGCCUAUAUGCGGUAAUGUAAAGCAAACUACUAAUAAUAGAGCGAAAAAGCUUUUGAUCAACAAUUGUACCUCCCUCAUCUAAGUCAAGAUGACCAUUUGUAGCCAUGUGAGUCUUGAUCGGUUUGGUAUCUUCUAGCCCAAAUUUCUUUAGCAUGUCCUUCAAAUAUUUAGAUUGACUCACAAAAAUACCAUCUUUGAAUUGUUUAAUUUGAAGGCCAAGAAAAAAAACUAAAUUCUUCUAUCAUUAACAUUUCAAACUCUUUUGACAUCAUUUUGCUAAAUUCCUGGUGAAACAACUCAUUAGUAGACCCAAAAAUGAUGUCAUCAACAUAAAUUUGACAAAUAAAUACGUCUUUAUCAAUUCUUCUAGUGAACAAUGUAGUGUCAACCUUCCCAAUUUUGAAGUAUUUGGAAAGCAAGAAAUCUCUAAGCCUUUUAUACCAAGCGCGUGGAGCUUGCUUAAGCCUAUAGUGAGCUUUAGAAAGCUUGUACACAUGGUUAGGCUUCUUGGGUUCCUCAAAACCGAGAGGUUGCACCACAUACACUAGUUCACUAAUCUUACCAUUUAGGAGAGCGCUCUUUACAUCCAUUUGGUAGAGUUUAAUGUUGUGAGCACAAGCAUAAGCAAGAGGAAUCCAGAUUGCCUCCAAUCUUGCCUCGGGGUCAAAUGUCUCACCAAAAUCCAAUCCUUCUAUUUAAGUAUAUCCUUAUGCCACUAAUUUUGCCUUGUUCCUCACUACCAAUCUAUCUUCAUUAUGCUUGUUGCGAAACACCCAUUUGGUACCAAUAACAAUGUGGUUCUUAGGUCUUUCAACUAGCUCCCAAACUUUAUUUCGGGUGAAGUUGUUUAAUUUCUCAUGCAUUGCAUUCACCUAAUCAACAUCAAGUAGUGCUUCAUCUACACGGUUAGGACCAAUACAAGAUAAAAAAGAGAAAUGUUCACGAAAUGAAGCAAUACAGGAGCGAAUUUGAACACCCUUACUUAUAUCACCCACAAUUUGAUCAACCGGGUGAUCCUUUGCAGUAGAAUGAUGGAUCCUUACAAUGUGAGAGUCACUUGUUGAAGUUUGAGGAGGAACCGAGUGACUUGAAGUAUCAUGAUCAUGAGCAUCUUAAACUUCAUUUUUUGUUGACUUUGCUGGUUUUCCUCAUUUAGAGUUGAAGAGGAUGAAAUAACAACCAUGUUAUCAUCAUCUUCUCUUGACUUUAUUUUAUCAAUAGCCAUAAUAUUAAUAGCAUUCCUCAAGUGAACUCCACUAACAUUAUUAAGGUUUUCACUUUCAUCUUGAGAUCCAUUUGCUUCAUCAUACUUAACAUCAUAGGAUUUCUCAAUAAUACCAUGAGUUUUGUUGAAAACCCUAUAAGCCUUGCUAUUUGAUGAAUGAAUACCCAAGUAGAAAACCCUCAUCACAUUUCUUCUCAAACUUAGAGAGCCGACUUCCUUUUCUCGAGAUAUAGCAUUUGCAACCAAAUACUCUAAAAUAUGAAAUGUUUAUCUUUUUACCAAUAAGUAAUUCAUAGGGAGUCUUUUUCAAAAGCUUAUGACAAUAUAAUCUAUUUGAAGUAUGACAAGCAGUAUUUAUAGCUUCGAUCCAAUAAAAGUUCAACACAUUGUAUUCCACAAGCAUUGACCUAGCCAUAUCAAUUAGAGUCCUAUACUUCAUUUCAAUAAUACCAUUUUGUUCCGGUGUAUAUUUAGAAAAAAAAUCAUGCUUGAUACCCUUGACAUCAUAAUAAUCAUCAAUUAUAGCAUUUUUAAAUUUUUAUCCAUUAUCACUUCUAACUUUCUUGAUAUCAAAUUCAAAUUGAUAUGAGCUAAUAUAGCAAAAGACUUGAAUGUCUUAAAGACAUUUGAUUUAUCAUGAUGAAAAUAAACUCAAGUGAAUUUAGAAUAAUCAUCUACAAUCACAAGGCAAUAGGAAUUACAACCAAUACUCAUAAAUGAUGUUGGUCCAAAGAGAACCAUGUGAAGUAAUUCCAAUGACCGAUGUGUUGAUAUUUGACUUUUAUUUGGAUGAGUAUUUUUCACUUGCUUUCCAGCUUGAAAAAAAAACUCGACCUGCGGGAGGUAAGACAGGGCAUUGUAUUAAGAAGAAGACCUUCUCACACAGGUCGAGAAAACCCCCGAACCCCUGCCCCACCCAUACACAGCGGCAUCGAAGCCCAUGUGAGAACGACCACGACCGGGGCUGAGCCUUAGACCUGUGCUUUGGCGUGGGACAGACGAGGGGAUUUUUUUAACCACAGUCCACAGCCUGAAAUUCGCUCCCACGGGGAUUCGAACCCAGGACCUGAGGAGUGCUACUUAGACCACCUAACCAACUCAGCUAGAUGCCCUUUCGCGCUUUAAAAGCUUGACAAGAGCUACAUAAUUUGUUUUUUUCAAACUUCACGUCUUUCAAGCCGCAGACUAGGUCAUGCUUGGUUAAUUGAUUAAGUUGUUUCAUUCCAACAUGACCAAGACUUCUAUGCCAUAACCAACCUAAUGAAGCGUUAGAGAAUAGACAAUUUGUAAGCUUUUCUUCAUGUGAUGAAAAAUCAACUAAAUAAAGAUUCUAAUGCCUAAAUCCUUUAAACAUGAAAUUGCUACCAUCAACACUAGUAAUAAGAACAUCAUCAACGGUAAAAUUGCAAAUAAAGCCUAAAUCACAUAAUUGAGCAACAAAUAGUAAAAUGAAAUUUAAUGAAUCAACCAAAAGCACGUUUGAGAUAGAAUGAUAAUUGAAAAUAGUAAUUCUACCCAAACCUUUUAUUUGCUAUUGUCUCCAAAAGUGAUUGUAUCGUAACUUGUGCAAUCGUCCUCACUUAUCUGGGUGGACAUCCUUAUAUCCCCGGUCAUGAGUUGAGUGCAUCCACUAUCCAACACUCAAUAAUUCCCUCCCGCCUUGUAGUUCACCCACAAAAGGAAAUCAAUCUCUUUUAGGUACCCAAACUUGUUUGGGUUCUUGGAUGUUAGUGACCAAGGUCUUUGGCACCCAAAUGGCUUCUUCUUGUUGCCAACAAUUGGAGUACCAACAAACUUCGCAUGAACACCCUUAGCAUUAUGAGUAAGAAUAUAGCAAUGAUCAAAGCGAGUGGAGGAUACAUUCUUGUACUUAGGUCAAUCCUUCUUGAUAUGUCCCUUCUUGUUGCACUUGUGACACACCUUGCCACAUUCUUCACAAAUGUGGUCUUUUACUUUGCAAAAGCAUUUUUUCUCUUUGGGACAUACCCUAGGCCCUCACGGUUAAGUGAGCAGCGUUGGCUUCCCAAAAUGAAAUCCAACUUGGCCUUGCCACCAUAGACCUUCAAUGUUUUCAAGUCGUCCGAUUAAUCGCGAUUAAUUGUCCAAGUCAGUUUGGACCAAUCACGAUUAAUUGCCCAAGUCCUCCGACUAAUCGUGAUUAAUCACGAUUAAUUGUCCAAGUCGGUUAGCCAGAACGACCAGCAAGUCGCCCGACUUGAAAACAUUGUGUCACCUUCAAAUCUUUAGUUAGAGCAUUGACCUUUCUUACUAACACCUCAUUCUCAACAAUAAUUUGUGAUUCAUCACAAACAACAUUAUCAUUCAUGAGAGAAAUAUUGCAUUUACUACAAAGAGUGUUAGUAAAAUGUGGUUCACUUGUAGGACUAUCAAGUAAGUCACAACUGACUCCAACAUCAAUGGUGACCACAUCGGUUUCAUGCACAUGAGAGGAGUUUUGAGCUUCGACAAGCUUUUCACAACUCUGUUUUAGAUUGUUGUGAGAUGUCUUUAGCUCCUCAAAAGGCACUUGAAGGUUUUUAUACAAUUCCUUCAAGGUCCUAAACUUUUAUUUGUCUUUGUGCGUGUAGUCGUCGGUCUCACCAAAAUUUUUUACUAGAUUAUCAUAAGAACCAUCAUCAAGAUCAUCAACAUCAUCAUCAUAAACAUCAUUUAAAUCAUUUAUGACUUUUACCUUAUCAUUUUUUUUUGGAAAACGCAGGAGAACUGCGCCUCAAUAUAUUAAGAAGAAGAGAAAAGUCCAGAAGGACAGAUUACACGGCCUCCUCAGGGAGGCCAGAAACACAGGAAACUGAAAAAAUCCAUCAAACUCAAACUACAACUCCCUAGUCUCCAGGAAUUAGGGCAGCAAGGUAUGAAAGACCCUUAGCCCCGGCCAUCUCCCAAGACUGCCUCUCCUCCCUAGCUAACUUAAUGGACAGAUCUAGACUAGGAGUACAACCAUCAAAAACACAACUAUUACGAUGCUUCCAAGUUAUCCAAGCUCCUAGGGCCACAAGAGAAUUAAGUCCUUUACCAGGGAGACCAGCAGCCAACCCAGAAAUCUGCUCCCACCAAGCCAUAAAAGAAGAAUGUCCUGGCUGGGGAGUCAGGCUCUGAAACCCAAACGGUUUAAAAAGAGUAAACCAGAACACUCUUGUGAACACACAGGAGACGAGGAUAUGGUCAAUAGUUUCAGCUUCCUGGUCACAAAAAAGGCACCUAGCUGGAUGAUCCAAGCCUCUCUUUGCAAGCCUGUCAGCAGUCCAGCAUCUAUUGUUAGCCACCAACCAAAGAAAAAACCGACACUUUGGAGGUGCCCAGGUUUUCCAAACCAGGUGAUAGUGACCAAAGGACGUUGAUCCAGCAAAGAGGCCUUCAUAUGCCGCCUUAGCCGAGUAUUUACCAUCUGCCGCAAUACUAAAAAUAUGCUUAUCCUCCACUUCAGGCUGCAACACUAUUUCUGAAAGAAGCUCCCAAAGAGUGAAGGGGCCUCCUUGAUGGCGAUGUCGGUGUUGAGCUUGGAUGAAGUAUCAUCAUCAUCAUCAUCAUCAUCAUCCGAGCUUACAUCCAAAUCCCAUUCAAUUAGAUAGGCUUGGCCAUCCUUCUUUUUCUUGUAGAAUUUCUUCUUAUCUUCCACAACCUUGUCCUUCUUGUUUGGGCAAUUCAUGGCAAUGUGACCGAGCUCCCCCUUUGGCAUUUUCUAUUAUUGAAAGCAUUUCUUCUUGAAAAUUGAUCUCUUCUUGGUUGACCUUUCUUCUUCUUCAUGAACUUGUUCAAUCUUUUCACAAAGAGAGCCAUUUCUUUAUCACUUUCACUCCCACUCUUUUCAUCAUCACUUUCUUCCUUUUCAAUGACCUUUGAUGCUUUAGCUUUGAGAACUAUUGAUUCACCUUUCACUUUCUUUGCAAAACUUGUUGCCUUGCAUGAGAUUUCUUGAAAAUGUCUCUCCCAAAACCUCGGUUGGUGCAGUGUUGUUCAAAUCACUCCACUAGCAUAGUGACAAUUGUGUCAUACUUUUCUGGAAGUGACCUAAGAAACUUGUGAGAAAAAUCCACAUCCGGCACAUCCAAACCAAAACCCUUGAGCUAAUUAACAAUUUCAUUCAACCGGUUGAACAUAUCGGAUAUGCUCUCAUCCUCCUUCAUGAUAAAUUGCUCAAAUUUGCCCUUGUACACAUAAAGCUUAGCACUCUUCAGAAUGGUUGUUAACUCAUUAAUUUCCAUCAAUUUUGUCCAAAUCUCAUGAGCGGUUGUGAGAAUCUUUGAUCCUAUUGGCUCAUCUUGCUUGAGUACAACAAAUCCAUCUCUCACAGUUCUCCAAAUCUUUUCUCCCAUCGCUCUCAAAUGCAAUGUCAUUCUUAUUUUCCAAUAGUCAUAGUUAUUUUCAUUAAAAUGCGGUGGUUUCCCAAUAUGCAUAUUGCUUCCACGAGCCAUUUUGUCCAACUCCGGGAUGGUUAGAUCCACAAAUAAUGGAGUCCUCGGCUCCGAUACAACCUGUAAGAUCUAGGACACCGGCUAGGGGGGGGGGUGAAUAGACGGUUUUGACUAAAAACACAAACACUAGAGAAAUUUAAUCAAUACGACAAGAGAUAUAAAUUCUCUAGCCUAUGUUGAGCUAUACUAGGUUUGCAAACUAAGGAGAACACGUAAUCUAGAUGAUAAGAAUGGAGGGAAAUGCAACUAAUCAAAAGUACUUGCAGUAGAACAAGAGAGAAAAUAGAACAAGAGAGACACCCAAAUUUAUCCCGUGAUCUCGGUGAUUUUCGAGCUCUCACUUGCUCCUAUAUCAAGACACGACUUGAUAUUUGAGCCAAGUGGAAAAUGAAACACUCAAUACCUCGGUUCCACCAACGUCGCCUUUGCUGCUCCAGCGAGGUAGGCACGAAGCCCUCACAAUCUCCUCCGCGACUCCUUCACAAUCUUCAUGAAGAGAUCGAUGGAGUCACCACCAAGCUGUCUAGGAGGUGGCAACCUCCAAGAGUAACAAGUGAUUUCAAAUCGCCUGAUCGGUUGAUCGACUGGCCUAGACGAUUAGCCGACUAAUCGUGAUUAGGGCGAUUAGUCGGCCCUAAUCGACCCUAGUCGUCCACAUAAUCGCCAGGACCCAAGACAUAUAUAUAUAUAUAUGUAAGUGUAUAACAUUAUAUAUUGAUAUAUAACACUGUAUAUAACAGUAUAUAUAUACAAUGUUUACAAGUCGGGCGACCAGCUGGUCGAGUGAGAGGGGCGACCAGGCGACUAAUCGCGAUUAGGGCGACGAUUAGUCGACCUAAUCGGUCCUGGUCGACCUCUGGUCGUCCGUUAGUCGUCCUAUAGAUUUAAGGACAUAUGUAUAUGUAUAUAACUAUAUAUUAACUAUAUAAACACUGCAUUUCUGCACGUCCACAGCCACCAUUAAAAUCUGAACAGACAACACAAACACACAAACAGAGAUGCACGGUUACUACUGGGUAUUGGGCUACUGCUAUCUUCCGGGCGCUGCAGAGGUAACAAAGGGAAAGGGAAGGGAGACUGGAAAUAAUCAGAGAAGGGAGAGCAAGUGCUACCUUCAGAUGACGAGCUCAUCUUCAAUUCUUGACUAGUCAGCCUUUUGUAUUAGUGCGAUGCCACGGAACAUAAAUCUCGAUUUGUAUAUCAGCUAUACUUCCUGUGGAGCAAGGAAGCGAACACAAGUCAGCCUUUUGUAUUAGUGCAUUCAGUUCAGUUCUUACUUGAUCAUUUCGUGUUCUCGUAUGUGCCAUGGCCGAGUGGCAAGCUCAACGCUGGUAUUGUUGUCUUGUCUCAAAUGAAGUCCGAUUCCACAAGUUAACCGGAAAUCUUCAUGGGUGAUAGCUGUGUCAGAUUCUUUCGCGCAUAGGGCAAGUAAUACAAGUGAUAGCUGUGUCAGUUUACCCCUAUUUUCUUGGGCAUCACUUGUCUAAAUAAAGUCCAUUGCCGGUGCUUCAUCGCGAACCUCCAUAAUCUCACUUGUCGAAUCAUCGUGAAUUACUGAAUUUUAUCAGAUGCACUUGUCUCAUCCAUAAUCCACUCAUUCCCUAUUAAUCUCACAUGUGUACGUUCAACUAAACACUGCUCCUCCGUUCUAAUUUAGAUCUUGUCGAAGCAUGUCGAACUCUCGGUGCCGCUCAAUUUGUACCCCCAAACCCCUUCCACACACCGCCUCGCCACAUCGCAGAGCCAGAGCAAAGGAAGACGACGCAGAUCUCGCCACGCGAACACAGUUAGAUCGAGGGAGUGAGUGAGAGAGAGCCAUGACGGAGCUGUUCGACACGGCCGUGACCAGCCUCCUCCACCUGCCGGAGGUGCUGGAUCGCCUCGCCACUGCAGACGGCGACCGGCGGUCGACCGGCCACCACGCGGCGCACGACCACGGCCACGGACACGUCCACGGGCUCGGCGGCGGCGGCGGAGCGCCGGUGGACAUAGUGGAGAGCCCCCGCGAGUACGCCUUCGUGCUCGACGUGCCCGGCCUCUCCAAGUCAGACAUCCAGGUGACGCUGGAGGAGGACCGGGUGCUGGUGAUGAAGGGCGGCAGCGGGAAGCGGAAGCGCGACGAGGAGGAGGACAUGAACGGCGAAGGGUGCCGAUACAUCCGGUUGGAGCGCGGCGCGGCGCCGCGGUCGUUCGUGCGCAAGUUCCGGCUGCCGGAGGACUUUGUGGGAUCGGAACUGUAUGAUGUGGAGAGCAAAUGAUGGGCAUCCCUCGAAGGAUGAGGGGAUAAGUUUUCAGGUAGCAAAAUUUGAUUCCAUCGGGAUUCCAGAUUGUUGGAUGAGAGCUGACAUGGCAAUUCAGACUAACUAGUGUGCUAUGUACCCAUAUGUUUUCUUUGGUCUUGCUAUUAUGUUUGGCAAAAGGAUGGAAUGGUUGAGCAAAUAAAGUAAUUCCAGAUUGAGAAAUAUUUUCAGCGAUGGUAUUCCAUUUA